GCAGGGCGCUGCGGCUCUGCCUGGCUCGUGCGGGGCCGUUGGAGCCUCUCCCGUGGCCGGAGAAGGGUUUUGUGCCGUUCAAGCUCUGGGCAUGCGCAGAUGGGGUGUCCCGCAUGCGCAGAGGCAGCGCUCACCCGCUGCUGCUCCCUGGCGCUGCGGGGCCGGGCGGAGCAGGAGGGUCUGUGCCGGGGAGACCCAUUAACCCCCCCGUGCCCGGCCCGCGCCCUGCUCCCGCUGGGGCCGCCCCGGGCUCUGCCCGCCCCGCUGCGGCGCUGCAGCCUCCAGGGUUUCCAGUUUCCAAACCUGAUGUGAUGUCGCAUCUGGGACGAGGGAAAGAGCCGUGGGUCCCAAACCUCCAGGGCUCUGAGAAAGAAGUGCUCCCGAGAGCUGCCUGCACAGGUCUUGGGAUGGUGAGUGAGAAUGAGGAAGAGAAACCCCGGCAGGAGGAUGCUGACAUGCCACAUGGGACGUUAUCAGAAAGAUCCAAAGGGAAUGUUUCUGGGAGUUGUGCACUCCCAGAAAAAGCAAAAGCCUGUGAGAGUCAGCAGAGGCCAGAGGAAAACUUGAGCCGCUCAGACCUUAUUACACGUGAGAGAAUCAACUUGGAAGAGACACGCUACACAUGCCAUGAGUGUGGGAAAAGCUUCAAUGGGAGCUCAGACCUUUUCACACAUCAGCGAAUCCACAGAGGAGAGAGACCCUACAUGUGCUCUGAGUGUGGGAAAAGCUUCAGUCGGAGCUCAGCCCUUAUCACACAUUGUAGAAUCCACACAGGAGAGAAACCCUACACGUGCUCUGAGUGCGGGAAAUGCUUCAGUUGGAGCUCAAACCUUUUCAAACAUCAGAGAAUUCACACGGGUGAGAAACCUUAUGGAUGCUCUGAGUGUGGGAAACGCUUCACUGAUAGUUCAACCCUCAUCUCACAUCAGCGAAUCCACAUAGGAGAGACGCCCUACACAUGCUCCGAGUGUGGGAAAACCUUCAAUCAGCGCUCAAACCUUAAUAGACAUCAGAAAAUCCACACGGAUGAGACACCCUACACAUGCUCUGAGUGCGGGAAAAGCUUCCAUUAUAGCUCAAACCUUAUCACACAUCAGAGAAUCCAUACAGGAGAGACACCCUACACAUGCUCUGAAUGUGGGAAAAGGUUCAAUCGGAAUUCAAACCUUAUCACACAUUGUAGAAUCCACACAGGAGAGACGCCCUACACAUGCUCUGAGUGUGGGAAAAGCUUUAAUCAGCAUUCACACCUUAUCAGACAUUGUGGAAUCCACAGAGGAGAGAUGCCCUACACGUGCUCUGAGUGUGGGAAAUGCUUCAGUCGGAGCUCACACCUUGUCACACAUCGGAGAAUCCAUACAGGAGAGAUGCCCUACACAUGCUCUGAAUGUGGGAAAAGCUUCAAUCACAGCUCAAACCUUAUCAGGCAUCAGAAAAUCCAUAUGAGAGAGAACUGUAAUAAAUGCCUUGACUAGGGCUGGC